UUCAAGAGCUUGAGCUCUGACAAGUUCCUGCUUUUCGCUGAAGGGAGCAGUGCACGAAUUUACAAAGUUCCUCUGGCUGUUCCAGAGACUCCUUGCUCUCCUCUGGGGAUCAAAACCAACAUAUCCAGACCAGUUGCAGUUGAUUUGGAUCCCAUUAAAGGAAAGGUUUACUGGACUGACGUUACGUUAAAGCAGAUCGUUAGAUCGUAUCCCAACGGGUCCGAUCUUGAAGUAAUAGCGGAGCGUAAUGUGGAAAAUCCUGAUGGAAUAGCAGUUGACUGGAUUGGGAGGAAUGUAUACUGGACUGAUUAUCGAACCAGUAAGAUUGAAGUGUCACGAUUGGAUGGAUCAUACAGAUUUAGCCUCAUUACAUCUGGUUUGGACAAUCCUAGAGCUGUGAUACUUGACAUAAAUGCUAGGUAA